AGUGGGCAACUUUUCGCCGGGAGCCCCACGCUGCGUGUCUGGACCUCUUCCACCUCGGGGACUUUGUUCCACGCUGCUUUCCAGCCCACCAAGAGAUGUGGAUCGUGGCGCUCGCCUUUCGUGCGCCGCCAAGGCUGAAGUAAACGUUUGCCCACCUUUUGAAUUUCGGAGCAUUGAAAAUUCACGUGGUCAGAUAGCGGCGAGGACGCACAGGUACACUUGACUGUUGCCUCUGAACAAGGGCCGUUCACAAUCCGCGCCGGGAUUAAAUUAUUUUUGAUUUGGACACGGAAGAGAUCGAUAUUUUGGAUUUUUGUUUCAAUGAGCGGCCACACGAGCUCUGAAGUUGGGCCGUUAAUCUCGACGCUGUAAUAGCCAGCUUUUUUAUUUUUCAUUUUUGGGGAUUACAUCACUGAUCGCGUGUGACUGGAAGUCGAUCGGCCAUGCAGCUGCACAGUCUGUGGACAGCCAGCAGCGUCCUGGCGCUGUGCAGCUUUGCUCUGGGGAGCCCAAUGAGCAAUGAGCCACUGGCUGCACCUCGCGUCUUCGUCUCCUUCAAAGAGCUGAGAUCUACUGGUACCGCUCAUCAUUUUGCCUACCUCCUCAACACUUCAGAUUACCGGAUCUUGCGAAUGGAUGAGGACUAUGACCGCAUGUACAUUGGUAGCAAGGAUCACAUCCUGUCUCUGGAUCUCCAUGACAUCAACAAGGACCCUCAUAUUAUCCACUGGCCAGUGUCUGAACGAAGAAAGAUGGAAUGCCUCGUAAGCGGGAAAGACGCCAGUGAAGAGUGCGCGAACUUCAUCCGUCUAAUUGAGCCAUGGAAUAGGACGCAGCUGUAUGUCUGUGGGACCGGCGCUUACAAUCCAGUCUGUACCUUUGUCAACCGGGGGCGCAAGUCUCAGACAUCUGCGUAUCUACAGAUGGUGCAGGCCAGAGGAAGAGCUAACCGCGCAGCUGAACCCAGCGCUGUGCAUGAGACGCUUGGACUCAAGGAAGACAUUUUCCAUUUGGAGCCCGGCAAAGUGGAGUCAGGGAAAGGAAAGUGCUCCUACGACCCCAAGCUCGACAGUGUUUCAGCUUUAAUUAAUGGCGAACUCUACGCCGGCGUCUACGUGGAUUUUAUGGGAACGGACUCGGCCAUUUUCCGCACUUUGGGGACAAAGACCGCCAUGCGAACCGAUCAGUACAACUCCAGAUGGUUGAAUGAUCCCACUUUCGUCCAUGUGCACCUCAUCCCCGACAGUGCGGAAAGGAAUGACGACAAGCUGUAUUUCUUCUUCCGGGAGACGUCCUCGGAGAUGGGCCAGAGUCCCAUGACCCAGUCCCGCAUCGGACGCAUCUGCCUGAAUGAUGACGGCGGUCACUGCUGUCUGGUCAACAAGUGGAGCACCUUCCUGAAGGCCAGGCUCAUCUGCUCGGUGCCAGGCGCGGAUGGAAUGGAGACGCACUUUGAUGAACUCCGUGAUGUUUACAUCCAGCCAACGCAGGACACCAAGAAUCCUGUUAUAUAUGGAGUCUUUACUGUCUCCGGUUCUGUCUUCAAAGGUUCGGCCGUUUGCGUCUACUCCAUGGCUGACAUUCGCAUGGUCUUCAAUGGACCCUUUGCCCACAAGGAAGGUCCCACUUACCAGUGGGUGGCCUACACCGGGAAGAUCCCCUACCCCCGCCCAGGCACAUGCCCCGGAGGUACGUUCACCCCCAACAUGAAGUCCACUAAGGACUACCCGGAUGAAGUGAUCAACUUCAUGAGGACUCACCCGGCCAUGUACAAUUCAGUCUACCCGGUGCACAAGCGCCCCCUAGUGGUGCGCACCAACGUGGACUAUGAGUUCACCACCGUUGCCGUGGACCAGGUGACUGCUGCGGAUGGCAACUAUGAAGUGCUCUUCUUGGGAACCGACAAGGGAACGGUUCAGAAAGUUAUCGUUCUUCCCAGAGAUGACCUGCAAACCGAGGAGCUCGUACUGGAGGAGGUUGAGGUGUUCAGGGUCCCGACUCCAGUUACGACAAUGAAGGUGUCCUCUAAAAGGCAACAGCUGUACGUGUCAUCUGCGGUCGGGCUGACCCAGCUGGCGCUUCACCGCUGCGAUGUUUACGGAGAAGCGUGCGCCGACUGCUGUUUGGCCAGAGACCCUUACUGCGCCUGGGACGGCAAGUCGUGCUCCCGUUACUCGGCUUCCCAGAAGAGGUCUGACCCCUUUAGACACAGCCGAAGACAGGACGUCAAGUACGGGAACCCCAUUCGCCAGUGUCGAGGCUUCAACUCCAACGCUAAUAAGAAUACUCUUGAGAUGGUACAGUACGGGGUGGAGGGAAGCAGUACCUUCCUGGAGUGUCAGGCCCGCUCCCCACAUGCUGUCAUCAAAUGGCAUCUGCAGAGAGAUAACAGCGACCGCAGGAAGGAGAUGCGUUCUGACGGUCGGAUCUUAAAAACCGAACAAGGUCUGCUCCUGCGGUCUCUGCAUCCUUCGGACUCGGGCAUGUACCAGUGCAGCGCCACGGAAAAGAACUUCAAGCACACCCUCGUCAAGCUGCAGCUGGUGGUGCUGUCAAGCCGCGCUGUCAAUAACGCCCUGGUCGAAGGCGCGGGAGGUCUCUUGCCGUCUUCGCUGCACUCCGGCACCCAGUGGACUCCCAACGCAGGCCAGUACAAGGACCUGCUGACCAUUCUCAGCCAGCCGGAGAUGAGCCUCAUCAAUCAGUAUUGCCAGGACUACUGGCAGUUGGGAGACCCCGCGCUCGGUGCCCUCAAGGUCAAAGACCUGAAAGAGUUCAAGGAACAGAAGAAGCCUCGCAAUCGCCGGCAUCACGGGGAGGUAGCGAAGGAAGAAGAGCAGGACGGCGUCGAGACAUGAGGAGGCCAACUCUGUACGAAAAGUUCCUCCACCACCCCCCCACACGUCAGGAAAACCCCCAACAUCCAUUGUUUCAAAGCGUAACGCAUAUGCUACUUCCGUAUUUAUUGUCGGUUGUAUAUAGUUGGCCCGUCAUUCUGUGGAUUUAUUUGUACUGAAAAGAAAACGGGCUCGUUGUGUAGAGGUAACCUUGGGGCAAAUGUCGUCGUCGUCGUCGUUCAAUAGAUUGUUGCUGUUACUGUCAUGACCACGCUCAUCUGUCAUCUGACAUUGGAGAGAGUUUUGUGCUAUUGAGUGCGUGAGCUGUAUGGAGCCCAGCUAGGAAACUCUUUGCGUGACGGGAGAAAAAUGUCGUGCUGAUAAGAGGUGACGGGGUGGCUGAUGUUUCUUGACUAUCGCGACGCCAUGCCGCGACAUCUGCAGGACCGCCCGGUGCACAAUUCCGACAUGGAUGCAUGUGGACUGAGACUUGGGGGACCAUGGACUUGAAAAAAGCUCCCGAUCGUUGAGGAGGAACAGUUCUGUCACUCAAUAAUAUUCAAAUAUGCGCACUGUUUCAGUCAGCAGAUAUAUUCUUGGGGUUUUGGGUUUUUUUUUUCUUUUGUUUUUAAAUCGAACCUAUUCUGCCGUGAGUCACGCCUGGUUGAUUCAAAUCCAAACUUCACAUAUACUGAGACUGCGGUGCAAUAGAGUCAAGGUUUUGUCCAAAGGGGUGACAGCUGACAGCUGGGGCCAAAUGCAACAAGCACACUUGUGGACAUCUGUGAAUACUGUAAAAAAAUAAAAGAAAAUGAAAUAGUUGAGGGUAGCAAUAGUUGCAUGAACCUUUUGUUCUUCUGACAAGGAAGGAAAUUUCCAUUUGACGGUAGACACAACUGAGCAUUGUAACAAUGUUGUGGCACUCACCAAAUGUUGGGAAGCUGGCUUUCUUUGUGUGCAUGAAAAUGUAUCUGUACUGCGUUUCUGAUCAAAAGUAUGUGUGUGUUUGCUUUUUUUCCCUGUUCACCACCAUAAGGAAUGAAUCAUAGGAUAUGAGAUUCGAGUACACUUGAUAAAACAGUAAAUGUGCGGCAACUCCAAACGCGCAACAAUAAAACAUUUUUUAACUGAACAUUUAAGACUUUACUUUUCCAUACGUGGACGGAAUCCGCCAUCUGCGGCCAUUUAUUUGUACUCUCUCCAUCAAGGACUGAGUUACUAUCAGUUGUUGUGUGACAGUCCUCAAGUCAUUCGAAAACUGAAGAAAAUGACAUUUCAAUUCUAGGCGUCGAUCACUCGUCAAUUUGGCAAGAGAAAAGGGACCCUGUAGACCUCUGAAGAGGCUACGGCCGUACUUGCUACGCUUCCAUUUUGUAUACAACAUAUGCAGUGAACUUGCAAAGAAAGAAAGUCGUCUGUCGGUUCUGCAUUCUGUUUACAUGAUCAGAUUUUAAGGAGAAAAAAAAAACACAAUGAGGUGAUGCUGUUGUACUGACCUUUUAUGUGUAAAUUACUUAUACCCUCCGUUGUUGCUAACGACUAAAUUAAAGCUCUGUAUUUGAUGACAACGGAACACUUCCCCCACUCAUUGUGAUGAACUUGAUACUGGCUGGUUUCUAUGUUCUGCCCUGAACUCUCUGGAAUAAAGGUGUAUCUGUUAAGGU